UAUAUAAAAGAUCAUGAUGAAGACAUUUAAUAUAACAGUUACUGUUUGAUUUAUAAAAGUUAACUUCACCUUUGACACAAUGAAGCUACGUUUAUUUUUGGCGUUUUUGGCAUUGUCAACGUUUGAUCAAUUGAAUUUGGUCUCUGGCAGUCAUGAUGGAGAUGCUGCUGCUUACCAAACAUUGUUAUAUGAUUUGUCCAAUAGAAUUGACAGCGAUUUGGUCGAUGUGCUGAGAUCUAAUUUUAAACUUCCCACCAACAUUCUUUCAACUGACGCAACAGAUUGGCUAAUUGUAGAGUUCACCAACAUGGUCCAUGCGGAUGUGGCAGAAAGUCAUUCAAGCAACUCAACAGCCGAAGAUUGGUACAAUUACAUUGUCAACGCUAAUGACAACGUGGAUGAAAGAUUAAGAAAAGUUUUGGGUAGCAAGUAUGAUCCUCUUGAUGUAGCCAGAGAAAUUAGACGUCUCGUUAAUGGACGUACAAUUAUUGUUCAGUACGCCGAUUGGAUUUAUAACGAAAUAAUGUUUGAACCCAAAGUCGAAGAUAUUCCAGGUUUUCGGGGUGCUCUGGACAGAUUCGUACAAAAAGGCAUCGAUGCAAAGCAUCUCAAAAGAAUAAAAUCAGAUAUCAGUAAAAUGCCAGCGAUUUAUAAUCGUUUUGUAAAUAGUUUGAGCGAGUUAGUAUCGAUGACAGUGACUCUCAGAUCUAAUUACAUUGAUCAAGCAAAUGCAGUGAAGAAGUCAUUAGAAAGUCUAAAACAACAGGGUUUGCAUGCGGUUCGUGAUACUGUUGUUAAUUUAAAGGGAUUGGAAGAUCAAUUGCUGCAAGCUCUGGUUGAUCUUUACAGCAAGGUGGGGGAGUAUAAUGCACAACGAAUCACAUGGUCGCAAUCUAUGAUGGGAAUAAAAUUUGGUAAAAAGUAGUAGACAACAAUAGACAUUCCUCUGAUCUCCAUGUAAAAUUAUUAAAUAAAAAUAUUAUAAAUCAAAUGAAA